AUGGAGACUGAAGAAGCAUGGCGGGUGGUGCCUGGUGCAGAGCAGCUGGCGUUGCACGUGUGCACCUUCUUGGCCACCACGGGGCUCGUGGCGAUCACCACUUGGGCAAUUUGCAGCCGGAUGACUUCCACGAGCUCAGGAGGUGCCGCUGACGACUACUUUGCGGGCGGCAGGUCCUUGCGAUGGUACGUGGUGGCAGGCUCCCUGAUGUUGACGAACUUGUCCACGGAGCAGCUGGUGGGUCUCAACGGCACAGUCUACACGGACCACUCCAUGGCGGGCAUUUGGUUGGAGGCGGGCGCUGCUUUGGCGAUGACCAUCACCGCCACGCUCUUCCUACCUCGCUACAUGGCCCUGGGACUCACCACCACCAGCGGCUUCCUCGGUGAACGUUUCGACCUCUUCACCCGGACCUUGGGCUCUUUGCUCUUCCUGGUCUUCUACGUCUUCGUGGUUUGCCCCUUCGCGCUCUACACCGGGGCCUUGGCGAUUCGGAACAUCUUCGACCUUGACAGCAUCGGCCUUCUGAUCGUGGGGAUUUGGGUCCCUGCGGCCGCGCUCUACCAGUUAGGCGGUGUCUCGACACUGUUCGAGGAGCCCAAGGUGUUGAAAUCCUUGGUGGAGCACAGUGCUGCUUGGACGAAUGAGCCCACGAGUGUGCUGCUUCGGCUGAAUCGGCCUGUCGACACCUCGUCCUCGGGUCGGCUUGGACGCCGAAAUCCAGACCUCGUGGGACACGAUGUCAUUGCUCCCUGGCACGUGAACUUCACAGGGCUCUUUCUCACCAACGUCUACUACUGGUCCACCAACCAGGUCAUCGUGCAGCGCGCGCUGGCCGCCCGAAGUCUGGCUGACGGGCAGAAGGGCGUGCUCUUUGCGGCCUCGAUGAUGCCUGGAGCGAAGCACCGACUGACGAAGGUGGUGGGUUUCAUUUUCCUUUGCUUGCCGGGCACCAUUGGUCUCUUGUUGGUGCGACGGAAUGCCACCAUCAACGGUGAGCCCUUCACAGUCAAGAAGAGCGAUGAGGUCUAUCCUGAGCUGGUGAAGGCGGUGAUGCCGCUCUGGUCCUUGGGCUUCUUCGCCGCGGUGCUCGUGGGCAGCGUGUUGAGCUCCUUCAAUUCGGCCCUGAACUCGGCGGCCACGAUCUUCGGAUUGGAGAUCUAUAAGGUUUACAUCAACAAGGACGCCUCGGAGCGCCGCGUGGUGAACGUCUCCACGGUCUUCGGGGCGGCGAUGACCUUGGGAUCCUUCGUGGUGGCACCACUCUUUCAGAAGAUCGACGUGAUUUUAUCUUUCCAACAACACGUGAAUACGAUCAUCUCCUUGCCCUUGGUGGUGAUCUUCCUCGUUGGGAUCGGCACCAGCUUGCCCGACGCCUUUGCGGCCAAGUGUGGCUUCGCCGUGGGCGUGUGCGCCGUGGUGGCCGGGCAGUUCGUGCCGGAAGAAACGCUGCACUACUUCCACACCUUCUUCAUCGCCUUUGUUUUGGCGACACUCACCAUACUCGUGACCACCUACGUGCCCUGCAUCCGCCGUCUGUGUGGUCAAGCGCCCAAGCCCGUGGCGCACGUGCAGCGGCUCGGUGCCGCCAAGGUGGAGAUGCGACCCUGGCGGCCGGUGCAUCCGCUGGUCUGCGGCUUGCUGGCAGUGCUAGCAGUCUUGAUCAUCUCUCUACAGUUGGGCAGUGAAGCGCUCUUCUACACCUUUUGGGCCUUUUGGCUGAUGGUCUUGGUGACGCUGCUCUUCUGGCGCGUGCGCCCGAAAGAGAACCCUCGGAAGCCGGAGAUGAAGGUGGAAAUCCCUGCGGACAACCCCGUCGUGGCGGAUGACCAUGUGGUGGGCGCCGGCUACAUCCAGGGCGUCAACGAGUGCCCGGGCCCAACGAGAUUGUGA